CCGAGAUCAACGGUAAACCGUUGUGGAAAGUCAGAUGACACCAAAAUGCACUAAUAUUAGUAUGCCUGCUGCGUUGCCAGUGAUCCGAUGUUGCGAAGUCAGCCGACCUCGCUCAUGCUUUCAAACUCGUAUAUGGCACAGGAAUAUAUAAAGGGAAGAAGCGCACAGAUAACUGUAUUCGUUCAGCAAUACUAUUUUCACUCCAAGGAACCUCUAAUCAUGGACAAGUUCGGUAUCUCCCCAACCGAUACUGUUUCUUCCGCCAACUCAAUCGAGAUCAACGACGCACUUUUCUGUGAACAUGGGCUAGAGGUCUGUAAGCAUUGUGAAUUCGACGCUCGAGAGGACAAUGACGCAAUGAUGGGACUUGAUCCAGCUCCCCGUGCCCCUCUCGAGCUUCCAGCUCAUUUCAAGAACAACAAAGACGGCUCGUUCACCUGCAAGCAGCAUGGUAACGCCAACUGCAAAUCUUGCUUUGGCUGGAAGAAGCAAAUUACCAAACUUCACAAGGAAGGCAAGAAGGCUGCUUCUAAGAAGAAGGACACUGGAACCAGUCUCUACUGAGAGCUUUGACCAUUAUGUCAGUAUAUUUGGGCUCAGUGUACAGUGUGUGUCAGAGUAUGUUGUUUGGGGCAGAGUAAAUUGCCUGUUCUGUAAAUGACGCAUCGAUUGUUGUUGGAACUGUGGUUGUUGCGUGGAUGAAGAAUUAUUGUAUAGGAAGCAUGUAUGAGCCAUAAAGCGAAUAAGUCAUUUUGUUGUCCCACUAUUAAAUUGCGGUCUCAUUCAAAC